UCUGGAGACCGCGGCUGGCGGCCGUCCUCUACGAGCUGCGUUAGGCGGAAAAAAGGGUGGACAGCCGAGUUCAGGCUGGGUGAGUUCGUGGGCACGCCGGUGCUUCGCCGCCGGCCUGCGUGCUGAUGGACACGGAGGGCAUGGAGUUUCUUCUUGAUGCUGUCGACAGGUUCCCCGUUCGGGAAGAAUUUGCUGAUAACUAAGAACAGCCAGAUCCGGCCCCCCUUCUAUACAUGCUACAGAAUGGGCGGAUGGUGAUGGUGCGCAGAACAGUGGGUCUGGGGUGGCUCAGGUGCGUGGGGGAGAUGCCUCGACCGAAGCGCAUGACGAUGCACCGCCGCGCCGACCUGCAUCUCCGACGAGGUCUGCUCAGUCAACCGACCUGGUAAAUCCAGAGGCACCCGGCUGGACUAAAAGGUCAGACCUCUGGUGUGCUCAAACAGAUCACCAUGACACAGAAUUGACAUAGUGACAAACUGUCGAAGCUUUUUUGUACGCACAAACAUAUGCAAUUAAGUUGGAGGAGGUAUGCCUGGUCAUACUGGAUGUGAUUCUGUAGAUGGAGCGGAUGACGAGGGGAGGAAAGAACGUGUGCGCAGCUUAGCUGCAGCUGCGCUUGCUGUAGUUGAGCAAGCUAUAGACAAUCCAGAACUUUUUGAAGGGAUAUUUGACCAGGCCCGAGCGGUGCUGUCGGACCUAGGAGUUGAUGGAUAUGCUGAAGCAAAUGGAGCUGAAUUAGGUGGUGACAGCAACAACAUAAACCACCCCAAUGACGACGGUGGCAUCAACUGGGAAGAGCUGGAGAGGGAGAGCCAGGAAUUAGCUUGUGUGAGAGCAAAUUGGUUCAUGGCCAUAAGGGAUGUCAUGCCAACCUAACUAUCGAGUAACACGCAAGUAAGAUAUGUGCACGUGCUAUAUAUUUGAGGAGUUCGGCUUCGGCCAGGUCCUAUAUGAGGCAGGGGCUUACCAUGUUGCAGAGAUCAAUAAGAAAACAAGUUUUGCAAUGCGACGCACAACCAGGCAGAGAAGAGGGAGAGGCAGAGCAUAGCGAUUUAUGAGGGUUGCUGUUAUCAUUGGCAGUAUGUCUGAAGUUCGUCUGUGAAGGUCAUGGAAGAUUUCUUCGUGAGCAUUUCCAACACGAGCAGACCAAGGACCGCAGCAGCAAUCAGUAACCCAUCAGCAGUACACUCUUUAGCCUUCACACGCAUCCUCCGGAACUUGUAAGAUUGGGAGAUGACAAUGUUGCUUAUGAGAAAUAGAUGGGCAUGUUCAAAGAAAACAGAUUUGCUAAGAUUUUUUCUUACGGCUAAGUUAUUUAGUUAAUUUUAUUGUAGCAACAUUGUAUUAUUGUAGCAAUUCAGUAUCAUUUUUUUUAGAACGAUAUCAUAUUUGUUGAGAACACGUGAGAACAAAGUAAAAAAAU